AGGCACGCGAAGCCGACUUGAUCGCGAUUUGAUUUCGCUUGGAGAUGCGUUCAAAAAUCGUAGUUUUCUUGUGAUGCCGGUGUUUUCCGAUUAGAUCUAUUAAAAGGACUGAAUCACCGAUUCGACAUGAGCACGCAAUGCAUCAACCUGUACGUAACGUACGUGGAAAAGGAGGGACCCUUCCUGAAAAUUUGGGGCCAAACGGACAAGAACAACGCGUUGUACGUCGAGCAGUUUCUCGCCCAAGUAACGUCCCAAUUGAACCUCGGCAUCGGCGAAGUGGCGGCGGAAUCGCUGCCCCCGGGCACGCUCGUCUGCGCCAAAUACAAAGACGAAAAAUACUAUCGCGCCAAGAUCCUGAAAAGCGCCUUCGUGAGGGACGGCAGUUUGGAGGUUAAUUUCAUCGACUACGGCAACAAAGGCAUCGUCUCCGUCGAAUCGGUGAGAUCUUUGCAGAAUUUCCAUUCGUCCAUAGCCAGUAUACCGCCUCUCGCCGUCGGUUUCAUCUUGGCCCAAGCGCAUUGCGUGGGAGGCGGCGAAUGGAACGACAUCAUCUUCGAAAACAUCGCCAAGGAAAUCAAAUACAGAGAAGUCUCAUGUUUGUUGCUCACGCAGGCCACCAAUUACUACCUAGUGCAGAUUACUAUCGAAGGAACCGAUCUAUUUAAACUGCUAACCCAACGGGGUUUGAUGCAACCGACCUCCCUUCAAGCUCAACAAGCCGUACUGUUGGGCAUGAGCAUGCAAAAACAGAACCAUUCCGCCCAAUCGGCGAGCAGCGUAGCACCCGAAAUAAACACCUACAAGGCUUAUACUUUAGAGCCGGGCGUCGAGUACGAAGUAUACGUUUCCUACGUGAACGAUGGGCCUUGUCAAUUUUCCGUGCAGCUCAAAAAGUCCGAAGAGGGCCUCGUCAAGUUGAUGAACGAAAUCAACACCAUCAAUUUGAGAUUGUUGGAGGAUGUUCCCAUUCCCGGGACGAUAUGCUUGGCGAAAUGCAUCGAAGAUGGUAAUAUUUGCCGGGCUGUGGUUACCAAUGAAGUCGAUGCUAUGUUUAAGGUUUUCUACGUCGAUUUCGGUAACUACGAAGUGCUACCGUUGGAAUCGCUCUAUCACAUCCCAUUUAAAUUCGUUAUACCCAAAGUGAUGGCGAUCCGAUUGGCCCUCGCCGGGGUCGAAAAAUCCACAGUUACCAUGGAGAUGCAAAUAGCGUUUAAAAAGUUUGUCGAUAACAGGCAGCUGUGUAUGAAAGUAUUGCCUUCGCCUACUAGAAUAGCAUUGCCCAAAUGCCAACUAUGGGACUCCAAAACCAACACUAGCGCCCUGGAAGUCGUCGUUAGAUCGUCGAGACAUUCCUAUCCCGAGCCCAUGACGCUUACGAAAGGCUUCACGCAGCCCGUUAAAGUUAGUUUCGUGUUCAGCUGCAACAGAUUCUACGUUCAAUUGGUAAACAAAGAAUCCGAAUUGGCAUCGUUGAUGAACGAACUGCAAGAGAUGUGCGUAACGAACGAUUUCAUGGACCCGAGUACAAUCAAAAAAGGUCUUCCGUGUUGCGCUCUCUUCGCCGCAGAUGGUGUUUGGUAUCGUUCGGAAAUUGUAGAAGCUAACAGCGAAGGCGUUAAAGUCAGGUACAUCGAUUACGGAAACGAAGACUUUGUGUCCUUCGGCCAAUUGAAGUCGAUUAACGGUGAAAUAUUAACGGUGCUGAGGCCGCAGGCCAUCGAAUGUUGUUUGAACGGAUACCAAAAGAUGGAGCCCGACGACGAACGUGACGCUUUGCUCGAGGAAUUGUUGCUGGAAGGCGUCUUUAUGAUGAAGGUGGUCGAUACGUUUGAUAAAAAAACCUUGGUGGAUUUGUUCGAUAGUUCCAAUUACAACGUGGCGUCUUUGUUGUUGGAUAAACUGGCGGCUGCUAAAUCUCAAGUUAGUCCUGUUUUGGCUGUGCAGGCGGGCAAUAAAAUUGAACACAAAAAAUCGUUUCCUAAGCAAAAGGAUUAUCAAAAUUAUAACAAAGGCGAUCAAAAAUCGAACACCGGACGUGAGCAAAAGAGCUGGGACAAGCCUUACGAAAGGAACGAACGAAACGAUAGAUACGAAAGAAACGAUAGAUAUGACAGAAACGAACGAAAUGAAAGAACUGAGAAACCUUGGAGACAGGAUAAUAGAGAAAACAGCUUUUAUAAAGGGAAAUAUAGAAGAAGAAACUACGAUAAAAACUCAAACGAAAGAAGCGACGAUAAUUCUUGGAGGCAAAACAACAAAGGAUUUAGUCCGAACAACAGAUUCGAUAAAAUUCGAAGAUCCGACGAUACCUGGAACGCAACCGAGAAAACCGUAGACAACAACCUAAAUCAACCUAGCGAAGCAUCCGAAGAUACCUGGAACGUUCAAGAUGGCGGAAACGAAUGGAACUCCUCUUCCGGUAAUCCCAACAAACGCGACGAUUACAGAAAUAACAGAGGACAGAACAACCGAUACGAAUCGAAACCGCGAGACCGCGACGGCGGUUACAAGAAACGUGAAUUUAAAAAAGACGGAUCCGAAGCGAGUUCCAACGGUUCGGAAAAGAAUUACCACAAAGGUCCUCGAAGCAGUUCUCGCAACGACAGAGGAUACGCCAAUCAAAAUUUCGACAAACCCCGGAAUAACUACAGAGAUAAUAAACAUACCGGGGGCGGAGGAGGAGAUUCAUGGAACGCCGAUACAACCGGCGAAGAUUCAUGGAACGUCAGUUCUGUUACGACUAGUGCAAUCGAUGCAGCACCUGCUUCGGCUAAUUUCGCCACUUACGAUGUUAUCGGUAGCGAAGGGAAGGUUAUUAUUAGUUGGUUCCAUAAUCCCGGUUUGUUUUACGUUCAACAAAUCAGCUCGCAGGAAACGUUCAAAACACUCAUGGAAGACAUCUGCGAUUUCUACAAAGGCAAACGGCCCGAAUCCGUUGCGAAAGGCGCUCCGGUCGUGGCCCUUUUCGACGAAGACAACGUUCUGUACAGGGCCAAGAUAUUGGACGUGAUCGGGUCCCGAUACAAAGUUUAUUACGUCGAUUUCGGUAACGUUUCGACCGUUACCAAAGUGUUUCCCAUCGAAAAGAAAUUCAUGGAGGUUCCCGCGCAGGCGAUACCCUGCGCAAUCGACGGUGUGGAUCCGCCUAACGGGGCUUGGGCCGAUGCCGAUCUCUACGGCGAUUAUUUCGACAAAACCGAUUUCGUGUGUAAAUUCGUCAAUAAAGAUGAACAAAAGACUUUUGUAAAUAUAUUCAGCAAUUCCGAAGAUAUCGGGCAAUUACUAAUUCGCGACGGAUUGGCUGUAUCGAUAGUUUCGCCGGUUCCCGACAUUGAAAUUCCGCUAUUGUUGGGACAACAGUUUCGAGCGAUCGUAAAGAGCGUGAACAAUUUGAGCGAUCUAAUUCUAGCGCUGGAAUGCGGCCUGGCCGUGAGUUGUACAAUGCACAAUUUAGAACUCGCCACCGAGAUAUUCGAAGAGCAGCUCAAAAGCUUAGUGGAACAGACUGUGAUUGUAUACGUCGAUAACGUUGUAGACUAUAAAUUAGAAAUAACUUUGUACGAUACCGAAGGUAACAAACACGUGGUGCUCAAUCCGGACGAAGGAGCUUACGAGAUGGUAGACGUUCCUUGUCCCAUGCUCGUUCUUCGAUCCGUUUUAACUGGAUAUGUUCCACAUGCGGAAGAUGCGAUAGUUUAUGUUCAACCGCACGAAUACUCUAAUGUGGUUACAACGCUUUUGAAUCAAUUGUUCGAAGAGUACGAUGGAAAAGAAAGCGCCGAUACCAUCAUUCCCGAAGAAGGUACCGUGUACGCUGUGCACAGUGAAGACGGUAAUUGGUACCGAGGUAAAGUGGUUAGUUUCAACGACGAAAAAGCGACAGUAAAUUAUAUAGAUUACGGGAAUUCGGAGGAUGUAGCUUUCGGAGAGCUUCGAGAAUUGACUUCCAAGUUUUUAGACGUCAUUAUUCUCUGUUUACCGAUUACCGUUCCUUCGGGCGGCGAAGCUUUCAUAGACAAAGAUAUUACCGCUAAUAUCUAUUACGGAGAAUCCAGCUGGGAAGGUACGGUACAAGUUUCAGAUUCGCCUUCGACACUGCUAAUUCCACAAGCAGGCAAUUCUGGUACCCUCGAAUCAGCCAAUAUUGAAGUAUCAGACAAUACAGAAGUAUCGGCUUCUACCGUUGAUCAAGAAAAAGAAACUUUGAACGAAUCGACUCCCGCAGAGAAUCCUUCAACAGCUCCCGUUGAUGGCCAUAACGAGAUAUCCCAGGCUCUGGAGAUUGGCAAUUUGGUCUUUAUGAGCCACAUCGACAGCCCCAGUGAUUUUUACUUGCAAUUUUUCGAUAGCAUAUCGGCUAUAGAACAACUCCAAGCCGAAUUGCAAGAACGGGUAAACGAAAUGGAAUUAAUGGAAAAUCCCGUGCCCGGCGUUCUCUGCGCAGCUCCUUACUCGGCCGAUCAACAAUGGUAUCGAGCGGAAGUGUUAGACGCCGAUGAAGACAUCACUACCGUUAGAUUCGUCGAUUUCGGGAAUACCGACGUUAUCGAUAACAAAACGACCAAAGUUAAAACGUUGUCUCCAAAAUUCCUGUCGCUGGCGAUUUACGCGACGAGAUGCGCCCUAAAAAUCGAACCCGUCGAAGACGAAUGGACCGGCGUGGCUUUUAAACUAUUCGAACAGCUCACGUUGUGCGAUAAUCUCCGAGCCGAAUUCAUCGAACAGGACGAAAAGUGCACCUACGUCGAAUUGUACUCCAACGGUGUGAACAUCAAAGACGCCUUUAUCAAAGAGAACUUGGCCAAAGCUAGCACGAAAACGGUCGAAGCCAAACAAACGGGCUUCGUGAGCCACCUGAAUUCCCCGUCGGAGUUUUGGAUCCAAUUGGAGAAUUGCGUCGACGAAUUGGAGUGGAUAGCCGAGCAAUUGAGCAACGCCGAAACGUUCCCCGAACUCGAAGAGCUCCUGCCCGGUACGCUUUGCGCAGCCCUCUUUCCCGACGAUCAGAUGUGGUAUCGGGCUCGAAUUCUGUCCAACACCGUCGCGGGCAUCGAACUGUUGUUCAUCGAUUACGGGAAUUCCUGCACCGGUUCGAGCUUGAGACAGCUACCCGAGGAGCUGGUGAUGACCGCUCCGUUGGCGUUGAAGUGCAGCCUCUUGCGAAACGAGGGGAUUCCCGCGUGGUGUUCGCGGUCGGCGGAGAAAUUCGCCGAGAUAUCCGCCGACGGGGUGACGAUAUUUACGGUUAAGAAGAUUAGCGCGGGUGAAACGUCGGUGGUGCAGUUGUUGUUGAACGGGCGAGAUGUGGCCGAUAUGCUUGCGCCUGUUACUGAGGAGGGAACGAUCGAGUGUGUGGAAACGUUGGGGAAUUUGAGUAUAAGGAAGGAGAGCGGCGAAACGGUGGAAAAUGUCGCGUUGGAGCCGUUGGACGGGCAAACGUUCGAAGGAAAUGCGAAAGAAAUACUCGAGGAAUUGAGCGAGCAAGGUUCCACCAAAUUUCAAGUAGAAUUUGUCGACGAAAAAUCCGUCAGGUUGUACCUAAAUGGCAAAGACAUUAGACUUCUGUUAGGAUCGUUUAAAAAACCCUCAACCCCAUUAAACGAUGUCCCAAUUGAAAUCCACUCUAAUGACAUCGCAUCAGAGAAAGUUUUAGAGUCAUCAGAAAUUGUCCAAACUAAUGAAAUAUGUUCCACUACCAAUGAAGAAUCGAGAGAGGAAUUUACUGAUUCCGAGAUUCAGCCUGCUGUUGAAUCAAUAGAGAAUACUGAUAAAAAACAAACCGAAGGAAUCACUGAAUUGGUAAAUGAAGCAGAAGAAUCUCAAAUUACUUCAAUUGACGAUGAUCAGACGAAUCUUCAAAGUGCUAAUGCUUUUGAAGAUGCUGCAAAAACGAUCGAGCAAACUCACCUUACUUUGAAUGAAGAAAUAAUCGAAGUAGAAUGCGCUGAAAUGACCAAAAUAAAUACCGAAAUACCUUGUCAAGCUGAAGAACAAAGACAGAUUUCUGAUGAAAAACAAACUGAAGGAGUCGCUGAAUUAUUAAAUGAAACAGAAGAGGCUCAAAUUACUUCAAUUGACGAUGAUCAGACGAAUCUUGAAAGUGCUAAUGAUAUUGAAGAUGCAAUAAAAACGAUCGAGCAAACUCGCCCUACUCAGAAGGAGGAAAUAAUCGAAGCAGAACGCGCUGAAAUAAAUGCCGAAAUGCCGAGUCAAUCUGAAGAACAAAGUACUGUAGAAAAUAUUGAAGAUAAAAGCGCAGAUGAAGACAAAACGAAAGAACAGGAUCACCUAACAGUUACCAAAGAGAUUAUUGACUCGGAAUGCGAAGAAAUAUCUCUUGUUCCUGUUUGUAAAGAACCUUCUGAUGAAGAAAACGUAGUAAAUGCUUCGAUUGAUGGUUUAGAGUCGAAACCUGUUACUGAAAUUAACACUACCGAAGAAAAGACUGACAUUGACUCAAGUGAAGUUAUUUUAAUAGAAGAUGAGAAAUAUUCAAUACCUAUUGUCGUACACGAUAUUUUAGAACCUUUGUUAGAACAAGUUCAACAAAAUUUAGACGAUAAUCCAGUUGAAAAUCCUGAUGUAUCCGAAGUUACUGAAGAUAAAAGUACAGUAGAAAUAGAAGAAGGUAUUUCAAUGAAAGAUCAAUCUGGAGAAACGUGCUUUGCUGAUUUAGUAGAAAAUCAAAAUCUCGAUACGAAUAAAGAUGAAUCUACAGUAAUCGAAGAAUCUGAAGAAAUUGAAAAUGAAGCAGACAAAGAACAGUCGAUAAAUCAGGAAGAAAUUGUCAAGGAAGCGAACCCAGAAGAUUCCACUGAAGAGAAUCCACAACCAGUUAAAGAACCAAAUGAGGAUAACAUUGACGUACUAGAAGAUGCAAUAAAAUUAUCUGAGACGAUUUCAGAAGAAUCUGAAAAGAUAUCUAGUGUAAAAAGUUCUUCUAAAGAACAAAAAAGUACUCAGAAACCUGCUAAAAAUGCACCGGUAUUAACGACCAAACAAACCAAAGCGUCUGAGCAAAAAAAUGUUAAAAAAACCGUCGCGAGUAAAGAAUCUCCAAAAGCAUCGGUAAAAGACGAGAAAAAACCUCAAGCUGUUGCAAAAGAUGUUUCUAAAACACGAAAAUUAACCCUUUCGACUGACUCUGGAAAGGUGACAUCGAAGAAGGAAACCAAACCUUUACCUACGAAGACUUCGCCCUCGGCUGUUAACUCGAAAACAACCGACAAAAAACCAAAAAGUAAGGAAUCUCCUAAGGGCGUCAAAACCCCCGAAGCCCCCAAGAAAUUGACGAAGAGUAAAUGCGACGAACCGGAAAGCACGGUUGACUCGGCCAGUUCUGGCGGUAAUUAAAAUGUUCUGUUGCAGUUUGAAAUGUUUAUUUUUAUACUUACCUGAAUUUAAUUUGUUUUGUUUUUAAUUUGUUGUUCGUUUUGUUCAUGAAUAAAAUUUCUUUGCUUUUAACAAUUUUCUUUAAAAAUGUACAAAGGCUUCUACCAAUGUUGGGAAUUUCGUUUUGAAGAAUAUUCAAAAUGCAGA